GUUUAGAUGUCCAGGUAUGGGGCAUGGAUUUACCUGCUUCUAAAGUAUAUAGAAUGUUUCUUAUUGGAACUUUCCAAUUACCAAUCAAUUGGGAUAAACAUUAUAUUAUAAACUUGAAAAUUUUGUGGAAUUUGGGAAUUGGUUUAGAUAAUACAUUUGAAGUACUUGAAAAUUUAAAAAGUCACACUGCAAAAAUAUAA